UAAAAUAUAUAGGCAAUAUAUGCAUUUAGUGUGUGGUGCGUUUAAAGUUUAUAUUAACGAGAAAUUCGAAGAUAGAACAAACGUGAGUGAAAUUAAAUACGAUCGUGACAAUAAAUAAUCACGAUAAUUUAAAUAACAAUUGUUUAUACGUAAUUGAGAGUUAAAUACAAUGGGAAAGUCACGAAAUGGAAAGACGGCAGUUAUCUUAACGUUAAUUGCUUUUAUAUUUGUGGUUAUUGCAUUCACCACACCCAAUUGGCUUGAAACGGAUGGUAAAUUGGAAAAUCCAACAUUUAGAAAAAUUGGCUUAUGGCAGGUUUGCUUCCAAGGUUUUGAAGAUCCACAUCAUCUGUAUGAUACUAGAUUCUAUGGUUGCUGGUGGGUUUUUGAAGAAGAAUAUUAUAUCAUUCACGAUAUUCUUUUACCCGACUUCUUCGUCGCAACACAAUUUUUCUUUACUCUGUGUAUGACAUUAUUAUUAAUCGCUGGAAUUUUAACUAUAACGUAUACUUGCUGUUCUCGACAUCAUGAAAAAUUUCAAUUGCUGUUAUGGGCAACCGGAGGAUCUUUAAAUUUAGCUGGAUUAUGCGGCAUUAUUUCUGUUAUAAUAUUUGGUGCCAGGGGUGAUGGACGUGAUUGGUUGCCCAAUUGGGAACACAAUGAUGUCAGUUGGUCAUUUGCUUUAGCAGUUGUUGGUAGCUUCACAGCAAUUGCCUCUGGUAUACUCUUUUUAAUUGAAGGGCGUAGAUAUAAAAAGAAAGUAGAACGAAUAUUGAAUGAAGAACAAAAAACGCACACUACUAUUUAAUGCAUUCUUAUAUGAUUUAUGCUAUUUUAUUUAUAGCAGAGAUUAAAUUAAAUAUUUUUAGUAUUAGGGCAUGUGUUCAGAAAGCAUGCAUUGCAUAAAUACAAAUAAAAAUCCGUCCAGGCACAAGUGCAUUCGCUAUAUCUAAUAUAGUAAAUUGCAAUAUGCCUAAAUAUAUAUAUAUAUAUAUAU